GACUCCAAGGUCUCACUCGGAGCUUCUCGAUCCUCUUGUAUAUGUGAGUGGAGAGGAGAGGAAAAGGAAAAAUAGGACCAGUAAUGGGCUUGGGCAAGGCAGUUAAGGCGGUGGUCGCAGGGACUGCCCUGUUGGCGAUAGGAGCAUGGAUCUCCUGCGCUUCCCGCGGCAGCACACAGAAACCAACCAAGGGGUCGAAGGCCAGAAGAGAAGGUGGCAGCGGCAGCGCUGGUGACGAGGAUGACGAAGACCAGGGCCUGGGCGCCCGGCUUAUGCUGCUGGCGGCAAUUACAGGGGCCGCCCUUUGGGCGCUACGUCCGUGGAUGCGUACACCCUCACCAGGAUCCGGUGAUCCCAAUAACCGCCGCAACAAUGCAACGGAGGAGUUAGAGGGUAGAAGAGUGGAUCGCGGUGGUGGUGGUGAUCGUAUCCGGCCAAAUCCCUCUAGCCUGGGUGGCUCUAAUAGAAACCUUGUUGUAACAAGGAUAAAAAUCAUGAGUUAUAAUGUCUGGCGUCGUGAAGACAUGGAAGUGCAUGAGAGGAUGAAAGCAAUUGGUUGCCUCGUACAAAAGCACUCCCCCGAUGUUAUUUUCUUCCAGGAGGUCACUCCUUCUAUCCAUAAAAUCUUUCAGAGCUUCGAAUGGUGGAAAGCAUAUGAACAUUCAAUUUUACCUAAGAAAGCAACAUUAAAGCAGUUCUGCAUGCUGUUGUCUAAGUUGCCUGUAAAAGUAUCCUGCUGCACAACGUUUGAGAAUUCCACGCUGGGACGAGAUCUUCACUUGGCUUGCAUCGAAGUAGGGAUGGGAAAGAAGCUGGUCGUCGCCACCUCCCACCUGAAGAGGCCAAAUCCUCCUCAUGAUACGCAUAGCACAGAACGUGUGGCUCAGGCUAAGAAGGCUCUCAGCUUUCUCGACUUCUUUCCAAAUGCUGUUUUUGGUGGCGACAUGAACUGGGAUGAGGACUCGGAUGGUCCUUUUCCUCUACUCCAAGGGUGGGUUGAUGCCUGGGCACGCCUUAGACCUGGAGAAAAUGGAUGGACUUUUGAUACCAAGUCCAACCAAAUGUUGAAAGGCCGUAAGCUAUUGCAGAAGAGACUGGAUCGCUUCGUAUGCAAACUAAAGGAUUUCAAAUUGAUCGGCGUGGAUAUCAUUGGGACGGAGGCCAUACCCGGGGUUUUCUCAUGCAACGACAAUAAUAAGAAGGUCCCUACUUUGCCCAGUGAUCACUAUGGGUUGCUCCUUACCGUGUCUUACGUAACGAUUAAUGGUGUAAAUUAACAAUGAGAAUUGAGCACCCUUUAUUUUUCUGUUGAAGUGGGAGGUAUGAUCACCCGGUAUGUAUUAGAAAAGAAGGAAAGACAGGUUACAGGGGGUUGACAACAAUAUCAAAGGAGCAUUGGUAACAA